AGGUCAGCUGAAGGCAAGAGGAAGCGCUAGAGCCCCCCUCAGCGUGUCUCGGACGUUUAUGAACUCGGCUUGCUAGAAGGCUCAAGGAGAUGACGGCAGGAAUGAAAAUCCAGCUAGUGUGCGUGAUACUCCUGGCUUUCAGCUCCUGGAGUCUGUGCUCAGAUUCAGAAGAGGAAAUGAAAGCAUUAGAGGCUGAUUUAUUGACCAAUAUGCGUACAUCAAAGAUCAGUAAAGCAAAUGUGCCCUCUUGGAAAAUUACCCUGCUAAAUGUUUGCAGCCUUGUAGCUAACCUGAACAGCCAAGCUGAGGAAACCAGAGAGUUUCGUGAAGAGGAGCUUAUUGCAAGAAGGAAAUUUCCCACUUCCUUAGAUGACUUUAGCUUUGAAGCAAUGUUGACAAUAUAUCAGCUCCAAAAAAUCUGUCACAGCAGGGACUUUCAACACUGGGAGUUAAUUCAGGAAGAUGUUCUUGAUACUGGAAAUGACAAAAACGAAAAGGACGAAGUUAUAAAGAGAAAAAUUCCUUACAUUCUUAAACGGCAGCUAUAUGAGAAUAAACCCAGAAGACCCUACAUACUCAAAAGAGGUUCUUACUACUACUGAGAAGAUGAAUAUUUUAUUUACAUGUGAUUGUGAUUUAUUAUCCUUUAAUUAAAUAUCAAAUUGUAUUUGUGUGGAAAUGUGACAGAACACAAUUAUUUUGUCUCUUCUACAAUUGUGAUUUAUUGGACGUGAUUUUUCUGCAUUAAUAUAAAUUGGCCUGAAUGUUUUCAAAUAAACCUAGAUCUUGAGCAUGA